AUGUCUUUAGCAAGAUCCUUAUUACGUCCCAUUGGCAGAUGCGUUACUCCUCGCCGUUCAUUCCAUUCGACUGCAGUAUUCCGAGCCACAGCUGAGCAACAAGAGGAAGCAGCUACACAACGCGCUGAACGUACCAUGACACGUUUUUGGAAACGUGCUGGUAUCAAAGAGGAUAAGGACAAUGUAACUGUUGUUCUCGAUCAACGUAACUUGAGAACACCCAGUAAACACAUUGUGCAGUUUCCUAAAAAGCAAAGAGAACUCGCCUUAUUGACAGCUGCUGAAUGGGAUGCUCAAACAAAGAAUUUGAAGGCUCAUACAUUACCUCUGACUUCCAUUGUUGCCCGUGCUAUCGACGCAUUUGAUCCUGUACACGCUGAAGAUCCUACUGUCAGAACAGCUGUUAUCGACAAACUCAUGCUCUACUUUGAUACCGACGCCAUUUGUUAUCAUGAAGAAUUUCCAGAGAUUUUAACCCAACUCCAAGACUCAUACUGGAAGCCCAUUAUCCAUUGGGCCGAGAGCACCUACAAUGUCAAAAUCAACACAACCACAGACAUCUUUGCUGUUACUCAACCUGACGAAACCAAAGCUAAAUUCAGAGCCAUUAUCGAUCAAAUGGGCCCAUUGGAAUUAGCAGCCUUCGAGAAGGCUGUCAUGAGCUCAAAGAGUUUCUUGAUUGGAUUUGCGCUUGUGCAUAAGGGCAUCACUGUCGAGCAUGCCGCACAAGCUGCUCAUGUCGAAAUGAAUGCUCAAAUGGAUAGAUGGGGAGAAGUCGAAGACAGUCAUGAUGUUGAGCGUGAAUACAUUAGACAAACACUUGGCUCUGUAGCGAUUACAUUGAUGGACAAACAUCAAGGUUAA